GGAAAAUGUAGUGAGAAAUAGAGAGAGUAUGAGAGAGGGAGAGAUUGAUAGCAUGUCAGGACUCAGUAGCUUCCUGUUUCUACACUCUACAUUAUACCUUUCAUUUGGACGCUGUCCAGCCAACAGGAAUAGCAGCGUGUGAGGGGACAGCAUCCCCUGCCCUGUCAGAAACAGGCUCCUGCCCAGAAAACAAGCACACACAAUUACACACACAAACACACACACACACACACACACACACACACACACACACACACACACACACGUGCUGCGGAGAGGACUAUCGACGCAGGGGUGCAUCAUGAAGUCUCAGCAGAAAUGCAUCGUAAUCUUUGCGUUGGUGUGCUGUUUCGCCGUGCUGGUGGCCUUGAUCUUCUCAGCGGUGGAUGUCUGGGGAGAGGAUGAAGACGGUAUAACAGAGGAGAACUGUAACAAGAACUGCAGGGUAGUGCUUGUGGAGAAUAUUCCAGAAGAUGUCACCUUCUCUGAGAAUGCUACGUCCCACCUCCCCCUCUCUGCUGGGCUGCACAGCCUGUUGGACCUGGCAGUGGCUGGUCACUCUGUGGAGAUUGUGUCACCUCAAUGGAACCUGAACCCCCCGGACUAUGAAUCCAGAUUCCUACAAUCUUCUAGGCAGGGUCAGGCUUUGCUGCAAAGACUGCAGGGGCUGAAGAAGAAGGGAAUCAAUUUGAAGAUAGCCAGUGGAAUGAUCAACUCUUCAGAGCUGAAGAGCCUGUCUCGACACAGUGAUGUACACUACAUUAACAUGACAGCCCUGACCAAAGGCUUUCUGCACUCUUCUUUCUGGGUGGUGGACAGGAAGCACAUCUACAUCGGCAGCGCCUCCAUGGACUGGCGAUCACUGUCCACGAUGAAAGAACUGGGCAUCAUCGUCUACAACUGUAGUUGCCUGGCACUGGACCUGCACAGGGUAUUCAACCUCUACUGGCAGCUGCAGUAUAAGGACUUUAUACCGUCCAUGUGGUCCAAAAGGCUGAGCGCCCUGUGGAACAAAGAUGAGAACCUUCCACUUCUCUUCAACAACACCAAGGCUGAAGUCUUUGUCUCUAGCUCUCCAGAUGUCUUCUGCCCUAAAGACAGGACCAGAGACCUUGAUGCCAUAUCCUACGUGAUCCAAAAGGCCAAGAGGUUCAUCUACAUAUCCAUUACAGACUAUCUGCCUCUCACUAACAGGAAUGCUCACAGAUACUGGUCACGUAUAGACGGGAUGCUUCGGGAGGCCUUGAUCCUGAGGAACAUCGAAGUGCGUCUGCUAGUAAGCUGCUGGGAGCAGACGCAUCCCCUGACCUUUAACUUUGUGUGGUCCCUGAAGACCCUGUGCAUGGAGCUGGCCAACUGUUCAAUGGAGGCUAAGUUCUUCAGCCCCAGGGAGCAGAGAGAUGGCACGCUACAGGGAAUCAACCAUAACAGAUUAAUGGUGACAGACAGUGCUGUGUACAUAGGCAACUUUGACUGGGUGGGGAAUGAGUUUACGUUCAACGCUGGAGCAGGCUUGGUGAUCAAUCAGGCGGAGGGGGUGAAAGAGAAGAACUCAACGUUGGUGGAACAGGUGAGGGCUACGUUCGAGCGGGACUGGUAUUCACGCCACACCAAGAGCCUGCAGGCUAACAAGAUCCCAGUCUGCAACAAGCACCAGCUCAACCAACUGGCACAUCUCAAAAUCGCUCAACCAACAGAGCGCAAUGGGAGUAAGGAGAGUCCCAAUGGCUCCCUGUGAAUCCGAAGACGUGGUGUGUUACAAGACUGAUACUGAAAUCGGACACUGUAGACGUAAUAUUUGGGACUUGGAGGGCAUUUGUUCAUCUAUUGAACCUUCUGCUUAUUUCAUCCUGACUGUUUCUUACAGAAGACAUUCAUGGAAAGGGAACUGAUCAAAUAAAUGGAUUGUCUAUUGAAUGCUGAACCUCA